UUCCACUUCGAAGUCGUUUUUUUAAAAUUUGAAAAGCCUUUUAAAGUGAAGUCAGAACAAGUGGGUUACGGCAGUAGGGCUCAGAAGCUUCGAUUGCAACUUCAAAGAGCGAAGAAAGCAAACGCACAAAGGAUAACGAGCGUUGAAAAUGCAGCUAGUAGAAAAAGUAUCAAAAAAGACGAAAGCGUUGCUAGACUUGAAGAGUGGUAUCAACAAGCCGUAAGACAUCGAAAGCAACUGAGGGAUUUCUACUACCCACCAACAACGUGAACAUCAAUACGUUACAAGCUCUGAUAAAUCACAAUAUAUUAUGUUUGUUGGUGAUAGAGGCUAUCGUGUUGGUUCCACAAUCAAAGGGAAUUUGAAAUAUGGAGGUCAAUGGAAGCCAAGAAAAAACAGUUUGUACACUUCUGUAUGUAUUACUAACGAACAUAAUACCUCGCAAACUCACCUUUUUUGCUUCAAGGAGCUCCAGUAUCCUUUGCGAGUUAC